AACUAAGUUCAUGACUCAUUAUUAUGAGAAUCUUGAAAAAUUUCCUGUCAAAGCCGAUCCUCCCAAAGGAGCUCUGAAAGGAGUCCUUAAGGAUAUUUUUACUGCAAAGCCAAGGAGCUCUACAGAGCUUUUCAAAGAGUUUGAGAAGUGUUUACCCUUGACCACUCAUUGGCAGCAUCCUUUGUAUUUCUCAUUCUUUCCUGGUAAUAGUCCUCCUAGUGCGAUUUACGGAGAUAUGGCCAACACAGCGAUGAAUGAAGGAUUUAAUUUAACACCUGAUGUAACAGAGAAGCGAAACGUCGAAGUCGAACUGAAAGUAAUGGAUUGGGUUGCAGACCUCCUCGAUCUCCCUGAGUGAUACUUCCCUAAGAAUGGUGCUCAUGCUUUGAUAGCGAAUACUGCAGGUCAUACUUUUUUGCUGGCAAGUUUAGCUGCUAAGAAUAAAAUCCAGAUGGAGCAUUAUCCUAAUUCAAUUGUGAAUAAGCAAGUUGGAUACAUGACACCUAUCAGCAAUCUUGCAGUUGAGAGAUCAAUCAAGUUUAGCAACUUAAAGCUUCACCACAUCGAAUGCGAGAGGGAGGAUCACCUCGUUGAUGAAUUUCCUCUUAAAGCAGAGAGUAUUGAAAGAGAGUUCCAGAAAGAUAUUGAUAAUGGCCUCGUUCCCACAAUUUUCAUAACUUCGUUAGGCUCUACAGCUUCUUUAAGCAUUGAAAAUGUCAAAGAAAUCUCAAAAGCAUGCCAGAAGUAUGGUGUAUGGCUCCAUGUUGACUCAGCUCAAUUAGGAGUUUACGCAGCUUUGCCAGAACUUAGAUUUGUUCUUGAUGAUAUUGAGCUAGCAGAUUCGUUCACAACAAACGGACAUAAAUCUCUUGGAUGAGGUAUGGGUACAUCAUUCAUGUGGAUAAAACACCAAGAUUACCCAAAAUACAUGUCAUAUAAUUCAGAAUCAGGAGGCAAUAUCACAGCUUCAUCAGCAGCAUCAGCCACUAACUCUGACGAACUCCCAAUCUCUUCAACUCAGCCCUCACCAGAACCCUAUAGAUCAGACGUAUUCAUAACCGGGCCUUCCAAGAACAGAGCUAUCAGGACCAUGAUCCACUUACUUUCCUUAGGAAAGAAGGAGAUUAAGGAUCAUUUAACUACCACUCUGGUCUUGGCUGACUACUUCAGGGAGCUUAUGGCGGCAGACGAGAGAUUUGAGUUGAUGGAAACCAAGAACAAGUUCCCUCUGGUCAUGUUCAGACUUAAGGGAUUUACGAAUGAUGAAAAUCACGAUUUCCUCAAUCUUGUCAUGAAGGACAAUAAGAUAUUUGUAGUUAGCUCUUCAAUUCAAACAACAUAUUCUGAUGACAAAGAAAGUGAUGACCAAGAUUCUGAGGUGAUGUUCAUCAGACUGAACGUCGGAACAUUGACACAUGAAAAGAAACAUAUUCUUCAAGCCUUCACUCAUAUCCAAGAUUGUGCAGCAGAGUACCUCGGUGACAAGCAAUAGAUAAUUUAUUGUCUCAACUGAUUCAAUUGAA